AUGCCCUGCGCAACCCUCCUCCUACGUCCACUCCAACGUCGCUGGCUUCGUCUCUGUCCUCGAGGCCGCCAAGUCGGCCUCCCGCAGCCUGCCGUCGUCUGGGCCUCCUCCUCCUCCGUCUACGGCCUAAACGCCAAGGUACCCUUCUCCGAGGCCGACCGCACCGACCGCCCUGCCAGCCUCUACGCUGCCACCAAGAAGGUCGGCGAGGAGCUCACCCACGUCUACAACCACAUCUACGGCCUCUCCAUCACCGGCCUCCGCUUCUUCACCGUCUACGGCCCCUGGGGCCGCCCCGACAUGGCCUACUUCUUCUUCACCCGCGACAUCCUCCGCGGCCGGACCAUCUCCAUCUUUGAAGGCCCCGACCACGCCGCCGUUGCCCGCGACUUCACCUACAUCGACGACGUUGUCGGCGGGUGCCUGGCGGCGCUCGACACGGCCCGCCGGAGCACCGGCACCGGCGGGAAGAAGAAGGGCCCCGCCCAGCUCCGGGUCUACAACCUUGGAAACACAUCGCCCGUGCCCGUGUCGCAGCUCGUGGACGUGCUCGAGGGGCUUCUGAGGAAGAAGGCCUCGAGGAAGAUGGUGAAGAUGCCGAGAAAUGGGGACGUCCUCUUCACGCACGCUAACAUCAGCUUGGCGCAGCUGGAGCUCGGGUACCGGCCGACCACAAACCUCAAGGCCGGCCUGAAGAAGUUCGUGAAGUGGUACCUCGAAUACUACCACCACCAAUCUCCCUCAGCAGGACGGAGCAGCAAGCAGUGGCUGGGGUGA